GACGCUAACACGCUCAGUAGCGGCUUCUCCAACCGCCAGAAAACCCAGAGGAAGAAAAAGACUGCGGGUUUCUCGGCUGAUUUAUUGUGCUUAAGUUAAUCAUUUUCAUUACAGCGUUUUAUAUUUACAUGUUGAUUCGAUCCAGUUAGAAAUCCAAGCUUGUUACUGUGCUUAUAUCUGAAGAUUUAAACAUUCUUUCUGCUUUAAACCCUGAGACCUGUUAUAAUGAGUACAGCAGGAGACAGACAGCACUCCUCCAGAAAGUCUCAGGAUGCUCAUCCUGUUCACUCACAGCUGUGUGAAGAUGUGAAAACAGAGACUUCAGAUGAAGGGACAGAGGUCUGUGUGAAGAAAGAGGAGACGCUAGACCUGAACAUCUACAACCAUGGAGACGAUUUUGACAACACACCUGAAGUUAUUGCCAUUAAAGAAGAAGAAACUGACAAUGAAGACUACCUCUACUGUGAAGUUUGCAAAUCCUACUUCUUCAACAAGUGUGAGGUUCAUGGUCCUGCGCAUUUCAUCACCGAUGCCCCUGUUCCCAUGGGGGUUAUGGACCGAGCCAAACAAACUCUUCCUCCUGGACUAGAGAUUCGGAAGUCCAGUAUUCCUGAUGCAGGCCUGGGAGUGUUUAAUAAGGGGGAGACUGUUCCAGUUGGCGCACAUUUUGGACCCUACCAGGGAGAGCUGGUAGACAGAGAGCAAGCUAUGAACAGUGGAUACUCUUGGGUGGUGAGUUAUUAUACAUUUAUUAUAAAUAUUAAAAGGUUAGUUGUUUGGGUAGAGUGUGGUACAUUUACUGAAAAUAUUGUGGGCAGUUUUGCUACUUUUACUGAGUGCAUAAUGUGUUAUGUUCCCCAUUUUAAUAUUUAGUGGUAUAAUUUGUUACUGUGGUGCUACAAAAUGCAUUUUUUAAGCAGCAGAUUGCCACCACUAGAUAAACAUAAUUCUAAUUGGUAAUUUCUUAGUGCCAGUGAUGUAUAUAGACGCACACGAACACGCUUUAAGCUGCUUCAGAAUCCUGAUAAUAUACUGGCACUCAAACAAGUAUUCACUCUAAACUCAAUUCAGCAGAAGGAACUUAUAACAUUGAUCUCGACUAGGGUUGUGUAAUAUACCAAUUUAAUUGUCUUUAUAUGAUCUUACAAUGCUGCAAUAUCUAAUGACAUUUACUCUGAUUAUAUUAAAGGGGACAUUAUAUGGAAAAGUAUUGUCAGUCCUGUGCGCUGUGGUGCGUGCACCUGAAGGCGCGCCUUGGGCUGCGCGUGUGCCGAGUGGACUCCAGCACUCGCGCCGUGAACAAGGCGCACCUGAGCUCAAUUAAGGGACAUUGUGUUUGCCUAUUUAAGGACUGUGCUGAUGCAUGUGCAUCACGAAGUAUUAUGCUACGUUAAGUAUGCAUUACUGAGCCUUUCUACCCGUGUUCUUGUUUUUCUGGUUUCUUGAUUCUUGUGCCUGUUUCUUGUUAUUGUUAUCGCUUCAGCCAGUAUCUCACUGGGCUGCGACAGCUUGCGACAAAUUGCGAACGUCAUUCGUGAGAGAGUUUCAGAAGUGUCUUGAAACAUUUGUGGGGCUUCUCAAUUUCCUUGCAUGAGUCGCAAAGGGUCUCUCCUUCGUCACUGAAAUUUUGAACGUGUUCAAAAAAUUAGUGCGACAGAAUUUCUCUCAAAAUAGCCGCAAAUGCGUCGCUGGUGUCGCAAAGCCGUCACGAACCCUUCUCAAGUCAGUUUCCGUGAGACAGGAAGUGCGAGAACUGAGAGACAACUUUGCCAUGCCACCCAAGAAAGGCAAGUCCAGGGGAAGGGGGACUACUGGCCCUGCCCAACCGGCCCCUAUAGAAGUUGAGAAAGUCCCAGGGCCUGGUUCCGAUGGGGAGGACUCUGAGGCUUCCUCUACUUCCCUGCCUGCUGAAGAAGGUAAAAGAAUGAAGGCAGUAAGUGGUGCAGAACGGCAGUACCCCUGGAAGGAUGAACACCAGGACACGCUUGCCGAAUUUUGGCUCAAUCAUCCUAUUUUUUAUGAUAAAUCCAAGCAAAAUUAUAAAAACAGGGAGAUGAAAAAUCAGUUAAUACAUGAUCUUAUCCAGAAGAACGACAAGGACUGGAGAAAGAUUUACACACCCCUGCCAACAGUUACCCAAGUGGAUGCACAUUUGCGCAAUAUGCGCACCAGAUUUGUAAAGCUACUAAAGCGGAAAUCUGGCGCCCCUGCGUUGACAUUGUCAUACACGGAUAUGAAGAUUGUCGAGAGAUAUCAAUUUCUGCGCCCCCACAUCCAGAAAAAUAGGACAACAGCUACACACACCGUUUCAACUUUUCUUAUUUGCUUGAAGUUUCCUGGUGUACAGCCACGAGGUGUUGCUGAUGAGGGUGAUGAUGAUGACGAUGAUGAUGACCAGACUUUUCAGGGGACUCAGCAGCCGUACCACCAAGUGGGUCAGCAGAGUUCAACAAGUAGUCAACAAGGGGGCCAACAACCCUCCACUUCCCAGUCCCAGUCUAAAGGCAAAGGAAAGGGGAAACAUAGAGGACCCCCUACUCCAUCCAUUGUCCGAGACAGCGAUGAAAUGUCUGAAGCAGAGAUUUUGCAGCAGGCCCAGAACCUAAUUUCUAACAUCAGAGCACCAGCAAAGAGCGAGCAUGAGAGGAGGGUUAGGGACUUCUGCAGAUAUAUGGAGUCAGAGAUACUUAGAGUACCCGAAUCGUUGUGGGAUGAGUGCAGUUUCACGAUAAUUAAUAUAAUCAGAGGGUUUAAAACUGCCCAGCAACAUGCAUUCCACCAGAAUUAUGGAAGCCAGUAUCAUCAGCACGGAGGGUAUUGCACACAACAGUGUGGCACUUUCCAACAGCCUAGCACCUUCCAGCAGUCGCAGCAGCCCGGCACAUUUCGGCAGUCGCAGCAGCCCGGCACAUUUCGGCAGUCGCAGCAGCCCGGCACAUUUCGGCAGUUGCAGCAGCCCGGCACAUUGCAGCAGCCCGGCACGUUUCGGCAGUCGCAGCAGCCCAGCACGUUUCGGCAGUCGCAGCAGCCCAGCACAUUUCAGCAGUCGCAGCAGCCCGGCACCUUUCAGCAGCCGCAGAGUGCUCAGGAUGGUACUGUCUACCCCCAGAUCCCAUCAGUCAGCAGUUCAGUGUUGAACACCAGUCUGGGACUUGACACUAGUUUGAGUCACAUCUGGAGCACUUCAACACCAGUCCAGUCACCAGGAGGAAGGCAGCUAGACACGCCCAAUCUGACUCCAACCACUACAGCUGUAAUCAUCACAGCUGCAGUUCCAGCUACACAGAGCAGUGCCAAGUCAGGUGGCAGGAUGGCACAGGAGGACUCUGACUAAAUCUUACUCUUUAGCGCUAGAUCUGUAUUUCUAUGAAUGGUUACAAGUUUAUGUUUUGCUUCUGUAUUAAAGGUCUUCAUUUAUGUAAGUUGAUAAUGUGUGUAUUGUAUUUUCUUGCAAAAUAAAAGGUGCAUCAAAGUUGUUUUAAAAUAUAUUGUUGCACAUUGUCAAAUGAAAA